ACCAAAUGAAGUAACUUAACGUUGAAAAGAAGGAGAUGUCGUGGUGUUGGUGUAAGAAAAUCAAAACUCGUUGUUCCAGCACAAAAAUAGAAAGAGGUUGAAAAAAGAAAGAUAAUUGUGCAGAUUUUUUUUAUCAUCCUUUAAUUGCUGAGAGCACAAUUUUCCCUGUAAAGAAAAAAACGGAAGAAAAUUCUGGGACCGGGUUGUGACUCGGUAAGUUACCAUGACACAACAAGGAGCAGCGCUGCAGACGUACAACAACGAACUCGUGAAGUGUAUUGAAGAGUUGUGCUCCAAGCGGGAGCUGUUGAAUCGGCAGAUCCAGCAGGAGGAGGAGGAGAAGGGGCGCUUGCAGCAUGACGUCCGUGUCCUGACCGAAAAGCUCAGCCGUGUGAAUGAGAGCCUGGCUCGCCGGCUGGCUGCCCGCGCAGACUUCGACCGCACCAUUGCAGAGACCGAGGCUGCAUAUAUGAAGAUCCUGGAGAGCUCACAGACUCUGCUCACUGUGCUGAAGCAGGAGACAGGGAACCUCAGCAAGGUCACUGAUCCCCGAGGAUGCAACUAAACUGACCCCAAACAGAACUCCUCCUCUCACUUGUAUUCCCACAGACAGUUUGUAAUAUAUUUAUGCAUUUAAGAGUAUGGGUACAAUUAAUCAGGAUUUCAGUGCUUUGUGCAGAAGAUUGUAGCAAGAUUUUAAUAAAUUAAUAAAGGCAUUUUGUAGCUAGCAGCCAUUU